AUGGCUCUGGCAAGCAGUGUGUCAGGUCGAAUGCCUCAAAAAGAUGUUGUCCUCACUCGAAGGCAGGUCGAGGGCAUGAUUGCAGAUGACCGGACGGUGAUCAUCGUUGAUGGCAAGGUGCUCAAGGUGGAUGCUUGGCUCAGGUAUCAUCCAGGCGGAGACAAGGCCAUCAUGCACAUGGUUGGCCGCGAUGCUACGGACGAAGUGCACGCACUACAUUCGGUCGAGGCCCGCCAGCACAUGGUGAAGUUUCAGGUUGGCAGAAUUAAGGGACGAUGGAGAAACUUCCUACCACCAAUCCAAGGCGGCAAGUUUAGGACUUAUUCUGAUGCCAUUGAAGCGACCGGCGAGGCUACAGAAGAUGAGGAUACUUCAAUUGGGAGCAGCUCACCUCCAGACUCUCCACUAUUUGAUGCCAUUGAUGGCUCGAGCGAUUUCAGGCGACGACGGCGUAGCUACAACUCGGAGCUUCAUGAAGUCUCGUCAAUAUCUUCUCUAUCGUCAAUUGAGUCGCAUACAACCAAUGACCCGGGCAAGCUCUCAACAAUGGAUGCUCGCACGCAGCACGAAAUUGAUCUUGACCUUGCGAAAUACCCGGCACUGGACCCCGCGACACAAGACGACAUCGUACAGAAAUACCGCCUCCUCUUCGGCCGACUUCGAGCCGAGGGACUCUUUCAAUGCAACUAUACUUCCUAUUUCAUUGAACUUUCUCGAUAUACUUUCCUAUUCAGUAUGUUUCUUAUACUCCUACGAUACGGCUGGUAUGGCACUAGUGGACUUUGCCUGGGUAUGCUGUGGCACCAAUUGGUUUUCACGGUCCAUGAUGCAGGUCACAUGGGCAUAACGCACAACUUUACGAUUGACACGGUGGUCGGGAUAGUGAUUGCAGACUUCAUCGGAGGUCUAAGCUUAGGAUGGUGGAAACGGAAUCAUAAUGUGCAUCACAUCGUUACGAAUUCGCCAGAACAUGACCCUGACAUCGAGCACAUGCCAUUCUUCGCCAUCUCGCAUCGAUUCUUCGACUCUUUAAGAAGCACAUACUACGACCGCAUAAUGACUUACGACCCUUUUGCCAAAUUUAUGCUACGAUAUCAGCACUACCUUUACUACCCCAUACUUUUAUUUGGAAGAUUCAAUUUAUACCGCUUGAGCUGGGAGUACCUGAUCAUGGGCCAAGGGCCAAAGAAAGGCCCCGCAUGGUGGCAUCGUUGGCUUGAAAUUGCCGGCCAGGUCUUCUUCUGGUAUUGGUUUGGCUACAAAGUGGUCUACCAAUCAAUUCCCACCGCUGCUGGUAGAUUCGCCUUUGUCAUGGUCAGCCACAUGAUCACGGCUCCGCUUCAUGUACAAAUCACACUCAGCCAUUUCGCCAUGAGCACUGCAGACCUUGGGAUCAACGAGUCCUUCCCACAAAAGAUGCUCCGAACCACCAUGGAUGUUGAUUGCCCAGAGUGGCUUGACUUCUUCCACGGGGGUCUGCAGUUUCAGGCUAUCCAUCAUCUGUUCCCUCGGAUGCCACGGCAUAACCUACGACGGACGCAGAAGCUGGUCCAGGAGUUUUGUAGAGAAGUUGAGAUUCCAUACGCCUUAUAUGGCUUUGUGGACGGUAAUAAGGAGGUCAUUGGUCGAUUGGCAGAUGUUGGACGCCAAGCCGCCAUUCUGGCGCAAUGCCAGAAGACACUUGCAGAGAAAGGGGAUUAUGGCCACCACUGA